AUGGCAAGAUCAAUGAUGGACAUCGAAGAUGAGCUGUCCCGUCUGUGGGGAUUGGUAGGGGAGCUAUCAGAUCAGCUGUCGAAUAACCGAGCUUUGGUCACUCAGCUGAAGUCGAGGUCAGAGAAUGUAAAAGGACAAGCUGCACAUGUGGGAACAGGAUUUCCAUUGAGACGUUUCAACUUGGAUAUAUCGAAUGAGGAAUUUCAAUCUGAGCUUGAGGCUUUCUCCACUCAUCUGGUGAUGGAAAAUCAACAACUUCAACAUGAGAAUAAGCAGUUGAACGCUCUAUUAAAAGAAUAUGAACAGACGUUGGAAACCGUAAUGGGUAAAUUCAGAGGUGUAUCCCAUGCAUCACAGCAACAUGAUCUUUCACUUCAUUCGUAUUACACAUCAUUGCUUCAGACUUUACAAACCGCUCAUUCUUCAGCUCAACUACACGAUUCGACUUCAUUAUCAUUACUUCUCACACGGAUAUCGACGUUGUUGAGAACAGCUCUACGUUCUAUGGGAGGGGAGGAUUCCGAGAUUGAUAUAGCAAAUCUACCAGGUCUGAUAGACUUAGUGAACAAUGCUACGACAUUGUCGGAUCAGUCAUCAUCGCCCAAAUCAAAUACUUCAGGUAAAGCCCUUCCCAGAGCGCCUAUCAAACCGAUACAUUUUCCCGGAUUUAUACCUGGCUCUUCGGGUGGAUAUAAUGGAACAGAGGGUCAAUCAGAUUGGUCUCUAGAACGUGAGAUGGAGAUCUUGAGAUUGGAAGAGGAAAACAAAUCGUUAAGAGAAAUGUUAAUAAUAGCAGAAGAAAGUAAAAUACCUUUAUCUUCUUCAGAGUUACUUGAAGAAGAUGAAGUAGAAGAAAAGAUCACCUCUCCAAACGGUGAAAGAAGUAGAAAAUCAAGUUUGACAAUUGAGGAAUUAGAAGCCGGUGCAGCAAUGGAAGCUGAUCAAUUGGCCGAAUCGAACAGGUUAAGAGAUAAUGGUCACAGCACUUCUCGCCAUUUCGAUGAUGAUCAGAAGAUGCACGAUGAACAUGUUGAAGGUGGACAUGAAGUACCUGCAAGUGCGCAAGAAUUCAGAGAGAGUGUAUUGGGAUUUGAGACCAGUGAAAGACCACCGGAAGAAGCUAUAGUAGAUGAACCCGAUGCUGAAGGUUUAGAUCCCAACGGAGAAUAG